AUGAUUAUGAGGACAGGCACCAAAGCCUUAGACAGUGACCCGCAUCGUGCGUGGUGGAAAGAGGCCUCGGUGUAUCAGAUUUACCCAUCGUCUUUCAAGGACUCAAAUGGUGACGGAUUAGGAGAUAUUCCGGGUAUAAUAGAAAAAUUAGACUACAUGAAGUGUCUCGGGAUUGACGUUGUGUGGCUUUCACCAGUAUACAAAUCGCCGCAGGUAGACAUGGGGUAUGAUAUUUCCGACUACUACAAUAUCGAUCCCCGAUACGGGACCGUAAAAGACAUAGAGACAUUGAUCAAUGGUUUGCAUUGCCGCGGCAUGAAGUUGGUUAUGGACCUUGUGGUGAACCAUACUUCGGAUCAACAUGACUGGUUUGUUGAAUCGAAGGCUUCCAAAAACUCUCCAAAAAGGGAUUGGUACAUUUGGAGACCCGCAAAAUAUGAUGCAGGUGGAGCUAGGAGACCUCCGAAUAAUUGGAGUUCAAUUUUUGGUGGGAGCGCUUGGAGAUGGGACGAGCACACACAGGAAUAUUACCUCCACCUCUUUUGUCCAGAGCAGCCAGAUCUUAAUUGGGAGAAUCCGGCCGUCCGCGCUGCCGUAUAUGAUGCUAUGUCCUUCUGGCUGAACAAAGGCGUCGAUGGUUUUCGUAUGGACGUUAUCAACCUCAUCAGCAAAGUUCCUAGUCUCCCGGAUGCGCCGGUGACACUACCAGGCGAGCCAUGGCAGCCGGGGACGCAAUAUUAUGCAAAUGGGCCGCGUAUGCAUGAAUUUUUGCAUGAGAUGAGAAAGGAGGUAUUGGAUAAAUAUGACACAAUGACAGUGGGUGAGAUGCCAUGGAUUAAAGAGCCAGAAGAGGUGUUGAAAGCUAUCGGGAGAGAUCGGGAAGAGUUGGAUAUGGUUUUCCAGUUCGAUAUCGUUGAUAUGGAUCUUGGUGCGUCGGGAAAAUUCACAAAGCACGACUGGGAUCUAAAGGAGCUAAAGGGUAUUGUUAACACAUGGCAAACCUUCAUGCAAGAACACGACGGAUGGAAUGCACUUUUCCUGGAGAACCACGAUCAGCCGCGCUCGGUCAGUCGCUUUGUGACUGAUAAGCCCGAAUUACGAGGGUAUGCGGCAAAGAUGCUAGCCACAUUUUAUGCGUUACAAAGAGGGACCCUAUAUUUGUAUCAAGGGCAGGAGUUGGGGAUGUCUAACCUACCAAAAGAAUGGGGAAUUACGGAGUAUAAAGAUGUUGAAACUCUUAAUCAUUGGAAUCAGGUUCUCGAAGAGAGAGGCGGCAAUGAGGUAAAUAUGGAUGAUGUGAUGGAAAUGAUUCAAUUUCGAGCUCGUGAUAAUAGUCGAACUCCUAUACAAUGGGAUGAUUCCGCCAAUGCCGGGUUUACCACCGGAAACCCAUGGAUGCGUGUCAACGACGACUACAAAUCCUGGAAUGCAGCUCAGCAAAUAUCCGAUAAAAACAGCGUGUAUAACUAUUGGCGUUCAGUUCUAGAGCUUCGCAAAGGUUACAAAAAAUUAUUCAUAUAUGGUCAUUUUAAGAUGCUUACCUUAGAUAACCAAAUGGUAUUCGCAUAUCAAAGAACCUUUGGGGGUGUAAGGGCUGUAAUUGUUUCAAACUUUUCUGCGGAGGCAAUUUCCUGGUCAACGGAGGAUGAGGGAUUAGACUUAAAGACCGCCGAGCGAAUUAUGGGAAACUACGAUGACUCUCAGAUCAAUGAUGGGGUUCUGCUUCUGAGACCACUGGAAUGUGCGGUAUUUAUCUUUUAA